UGUAGUAAAAAUAAAUUGACAUAUGCGAACAUCUAUGAAAAGUGUGAUCAGGGAAUUUUGUAAUUAUUGUUUUUAUUAUUAAAAUAACUUACGUGGACCAACAAAAUCAAACUGCAUAGUUCUACGACUGUCUUAUCCAUAGAAAUGGAUGGGCUAACAGAUUUCUUAUCCCCUUCGUUUUCUCUCUCUCCCCCUCCAUUAACAACCACCAAACCAAAAACUAGAAAAACAGCGUACAGUAACAGACUUUUAAUGGAGAGCCUGCUUGCUAAUCAAUGCCUUUCUCGUCUCAAAAUCUCUCCAAAUCUCACAAUCCAUUCGUCCUCUUUCUUCUCCCAUCAAUUCCCAAACCUAAGAACAACCCAUAUUCAGAAGCCAAGCUUCACACUUUUUGCCCUGCAAAACCAAGAAACACAGAACCCACUUAAAGAUAACACCAAAAACAACCGCGCUACUGAAGAUGACGAAUCUUACGGCGAAGUUAGCAAGAUCAUUGGUAGCAAAGCUCUUCAAGAUGGGACAGGCAUGGAGUACUUGAUAGAAUGGAAAGAUGGCCAUACCCCUUCAUGGGUCCCAUCAGAUUAUAUAGCUAAAGAUGUGGUGGCGGAGUAUGAAACUCCAUGGUGGACCGCCGCUAAAAAGGCCGACCACAAUGCUCUUAGCGAAAUUAUUGCCGCCGAUGAUGGACGUGACGUUGAUGCUGUCGACAGUUAUGGACGCACCGCAUUACUUUUCGUAUCGGGUCUCGGCUCCGAGCCGUGUGUUAAGCUUCUAGCAGAAGCCGGCGCAAAUUUGAACUACCCUGAUAACAGUGGCGGCUUAACGGCGCUCCACAUGGCAGCCGGGUACGUGCAGCCGGGUGUUGUUAAGUUAUUAUUGGAUCUUGGAGCGGAUCCGGAAGUAGAAGACGAUCGAGGAUUGACGCCGUUGGAUUUGGCUAAAGAGAUCUUGAAAGUUACCCCAAAGGGUAAUCCAAUGCAAUUUGCUAGAAGACUGGGGUUAGAAAAUGUAAUUAGGAUUUUAGACGAGGAACUGUUUGAGUACGCGGAGGUGCAGGAGAUUAUGGAGAAGCGAGGGAAGGGCGAUCAAGUAGAAUAUUUGGUCAAAUGGAAGGAUGGUGGUGAUAAUGAGUGGGUCAAAGCUAGAUUCAUCGGUGAGGAUUUAGUUAGGGAUUUUGAGGCUGGAUUAGAAUAUGCUGUAGCAGAAGGAGUGAUUGGGAAGAGAGUAGGUGAUGAUGGGAAAAAUGAGUAUCUUGUUAAAUGGACGGAUAUUGAAGAAGCCACGUGGGAGCCUGGAGAGAAUGUUGAUCAUGAUUUGAUUAUGGAGUUUGAGGAAGGACAGACAAUUAAUGGGGCUGGAAAUGUGGAGGUCCAAUUAAGUAAUGAUGGGCUUGGUAGUACUGUGGAAGCCCAAACAAGCAAAAAUGGUAAUGAGUCUAUUUGAGAAUUUGAAGCUGUAAUUUUGGGAUUGAAGUUUUUUAAUGAAAAGAUUGUUAUUAAAGCCUAAAA